AUGUCACUGACAGAUUUUUUGGCAGAUCAGUCAACCGGUUCUUGGGCGGAUGAAAUGGAAGAUUUACCUUCUGCGCCUGCCGCGGCGUUUUCAGAUCACGAGAAAGGUGGUUUCGGAGAUAGGAGAUCGGGCUUUUCAGAAAGAAGAACUUAUUCAAGAGAUUCACGUUAUGAAUCUCGUGAUUCGCCACGCGAUUCUAAGUUUCCAUCUCGACAUGCUCAACCACUUCCUACAUCCCCACCUUAUACAGUCCAUCUUGGUAAUUUACCUUAUGACUUAACUUUAACUGAAGAUGAUGUAAAAAAAUUUUUUUGUGAAUCAAAGAUCAACACUGUUAGGAUUCUACGUGACAAAGAUGAUAAACCGAAAGGUUUUGGAUAUGUUGAAUUUGAGGAUCUAGAAUCAUUGACCAAAGCACUGCAAUUGAGUGGAGAGAAUUUGGGGAAAAGGCCGGUUAGAAUUAGUGUAGCUGAACCACGUGAGCGCGAAGAUCGUACCGCUGGUGAAUGGCGGCGGAUAAUGCCAAGAGAAUCACCGGCCUCUUCACCAAGAAGUGAUCGUUUUGGUAGCAGUGAUAAAUUUGGUAGUAGGGAUGACAAUAAAUGGGGUGACCGUGGUGGCGGUUUUCGUGAUCGAGGUGAACGAUCCGAUCGUGGUGAACGUGAUCGAAGUGAUCAUCGGGCGGAUCGCAGUAUUGAACGAAAUGACCGAGGUAAAGGAGAUACAGAGUGGAGAGGCGGAGCUUUCAGUAAUAGACCAAGUGGUUUUCGUGAGCGUCGAUCCGAGGAAAGGUUUAAUUCAGUGCGAAAGCAUGACAUACGUCCUUUACCUGAGCCGAAAGCCGAAAAUACCGAUACGGUGGCUACUGAUGUUGCUACAUCUCCUCCACCCAUGCGCAAAAAGCUUGAACUUAAGCCACGAAGUUCUGCUACUGUUAUUCCAAAUGAAGCCGUUUCUCCACCAAGAUCAUCCAAGCCAAAUCCAUUUGGUGAUGCUAAACCAAUAGAUUCGGAUGAAGCACUUCGAAGACGACAGAAAAUGGUGAUGCUUAAAAUAUGA